GAUUUGAUAAAACUGUGCUCUUCUGGGAGUCGAGUUCUGUUAGUGGAUGUAGUGAGAGUAGUGUGAAUAAGCCUCUUCCUGUGCAAGUGUGAGAGCUGGUGACAGAGGAAUGGGGACAGGCUAUUCCGCUGAGGCUGUAGGUAUUUUGUACAACUUUCCGUCCCAAAAAGAGAUUUGAACCUGGGACCAUGAAGUUUAAUUUACACAAACAGGCAAAUGCUUCGUUGAAUUCGGGGAUAGAUCUAAAGGAAGUGGUCAAACUGCCUCCAGGAGAGGACAUGCAUGAUUGGAUAGCAGUACAUGUGGUGGAUUUCUUCAACAGAAUAAACCUGUUGUAUGGUACAGUGUGUGAAUACUGCACAGAACAGACAUGUCCCACCAUGAGUGGAGGACCCAAAUAUGAAUACCACUGGUGUGAUGGUCAGACUUACAAGAAACCUACAGCAUUACCAGCCCCUAAUUAUAUCGCGUUACUGAUGGAGUGGGUGGAAGCACAAAUCAAUGAUGAAAAUAUCUUCCCUGUCAAAGUCGGUGUGCCAUUUCCAAAGACAUUUUUACCAGCUGUAAAGAAAGUAUUGUCACGUCUUUUUCGAGUGUUUGUGCAUGUGUACAUCCACCAUUUUGACAAGCUGGUGUCUCUAGGAGCUGAAGCUCAUGUAAAUACUUGUUACAAACACUUCUAUUACUUUGUGACAGAAUAUAACCUUGUUGACAAGAAAGAAUUAGAACCUUUGAGAGAUAUGACAGCCAAGAUUUGCCACUGACCAAAACAGCUGUAGCAGCACUGAGGGAGAAGUGUAGUUAGGAUACUGAUUGGCAGUAUGGAAAGUUGAACAGUACUCAAUAAAUUUUGCAAAACAUGCUCUACAUUUUCCCAUUUUCUUCUGGGUAUCAUCUCUCUGGAAAAAUUUGAAGAUGUUUGUUUUCAUUUUGUGGAAACUGAUAGAAAAGGCUAAAAUACUGUUACAGUUUCAGUUGUCAAGCUCUUAUUGUAAACAAUGUACAAUGUAUUUUGUUUUAUCUAGAGGCAGGCAAAGUUUUUGCUGUGAAGGACUGUUUUUGUUGAACUGAUUUUAAUGGUUUAUAAAUAUUUUUUUACGAGUUUUAUCUCUCAUCUUUUUUUUUGUCAUUACUUUAUCAUUAUCAUCUGUGUUCUUUCUAUGGAUACAGUGGAGAAUGAAUUGUUUUUACUCUUGCCAACCUCUGAGAUUUUAUCUGAUUUAACAGUAAAAACUUAUCAGAUGUAAAAUGAUAAUAAUGUGCCCUCAAAAUUAAAGUAUUAUAUGAUUAUUGAACCAAUGUAACCAGGUUUUCCACUUUCUUUAGAAUUUACAAAAUUAUGUAUGAUUUAUUUUGAGUGUAAGAUAAUUUUUCUUUCUUAAUGUUAAUGGUUUUCAUCUGUCAUAAUGGCUCCUUUGUAAAUGGACGACUUAAAUCAUAAUGAUUUUGUAAAUUUUUGUCAAGAUUGCUAGGUCAUCACAGUAGAUGAUAAAGAUUCUGUAGGAAUCAGACAGCAUGUUGAUAAAGUGUGUGAUGGCAACUUAAUAAUGAUUCUGUGAUGUUUUCAGUUUAUGUUUGUAUCUUAGAGAACUGUAAACAUCAAUCAGAUUAAAAUCAACUCCUCGAUCCGCUCCUUGGUGUAGCAACAUUUUAAAAAAGAGGAGCGGAUCGAGGGGCUGAUUUUAAUCGGAUUGUGUAAACAUGUACAUGUAAAGCCGAGUGGAUUUGACAAUUUCUUGUAUCUCAAAUUCCAUUCCAAACUCAUACAAAUUUAUCAAUUUGUUAAUUUCUCAAACAUGAUGUAUUCAAUAAUUACAUGUUUUCAUAUUGGGGUCACAGUCCGUCAGUCCGUCUGUUCAUCUGGUUAAGAUGUUUUAUCACAUACUGCUGCUGGAUUGAUCAGACUUGUGUCUGAGGUAAUAUACGGAACAAGGAUGACUCCAGUUGAUUUGGGGACAGAUGAUCAGGUCAAGUGGGGUGGGUGGGCAAAAGGUGAAAGGUUAACUGGACAAGGGUAAGUGUGAAUACAGUAUUGGUCUGUAAAUCUUCACACAUUGAAUUUAGAUAACAUAAUGAUGGUCCGUGGGGAGUUUAGGUCAAAGGUCUAGUAUAAAGGAUUAGUCUUUAAAAAACAAUUGUGGAAAAUAGUUUUGUGGACAUAUACUAAUUUCCUAGCCAUCAAGUGGCACCAUGGAACUAUAGCAAUAUUUACUACAUGUAAUAUGAUUCGUCUCAUCGGGGGUAUUUGAGUUCCUAUAUGGACAGCUCUAGUUCAUAUUUUCCUCAAUUGAAAGGGUACACAACUUUUUGUUAUACCUUGUAUAUUCAGGUUACAUGCAUAUUUAUCAUGCCUUAAAUUAUAUAAACUCCUGUACUUUGUUGAUUAUUGAUAUCAAAAUACAUUCACCAACUGCAAUCUUACAUUUUUAAUUUAGAACUAGUAUUAAAUAGUACUAAUGUCUAAUUUACAAUGGUAAUAAAAUAAGUAGUUUCAGGCAUGUGGAAAAAAGAGUAUUGAUGAUUUUUUUUAUGUACUUGUAAUUUUAUUUUCUGCAAAGCUAUAUUUAAAAAAAAAAAUCUAAAUAAAGAUUUUCAUACAUAUAAAAAGAAAAUUUUCUUAUGUGAAGUAAUGCAAUGCCAAAAACAUUGUUUUCUAGUCAUUCAAAAACAGUAUCUUUGUACAUAUGAUAUUCUGAAAUCAAAUAUUGUAAGUUUUAUAUAUUUCAUGCCAUUUUGAAGUUUAACAUGCUAGAAUUUGUAUAUUAAUUGUUUUAUAUUGGGUGAUUUUUUUCAGUUGAAGUACUAUUUUCAGUUGAAAAGAAUUAUAAAAUUGAGUUUCUAAUCUAAAGUAUGGUGCAUGUAUAUUUUCAUCUGUAAUAUGUUUUUGAGGAAUGUGGAAUGUUUCAGGAAAGGUACUUGUUCUCUGCUUUCUUUGAGGUAUCAGAUGCAGAGUGAUGUGAUAUCAUCUCUUUAUGUACAUCACAAUGUCUCAAAUAAAUGAAAUCUUCUAUAAACAUGAAA